GAAUAGAUAAAACUUUGGGUAUAAAAAGUCAAGCGCCAACUUUCCGGUGAUAUACUUCACCAAUCUCAGGAAAGUGAAUAUCAGUUAAAGACAUCACUGCGCCGCGCCGAAAGCAUACAAAAUGAAAGUAAUCCAGCUUCUCCUUAGCAUAAUGCUGGCACUCAUGCUUGUGGCUCCUACCGUUUUCGCUCAAGUGUACACUGUACCAACAGCAGCUCCAACUCCGCCAACAAUUAAUCCAACAACCGCAGGCGCAGCAACCGAUGAUGGCCCACCAUCUGCGACCUCAACACCAAGUCCAGCUUCAGUUAGCACCCAAUACCCUUUAUAUGGUACUACUUCUUGAUCCAACCCAACUGUUUAUAAAUACACACUUACAUUUGCCGGGAUCUGUGAGUCUGUUCCUUUGAACU